CAAUUCCAUUAAAUCCUACAAACUCACCACACACCUCCCUUCCACAUUGCCGCGACCACAAGCUCGAAGAAGCUCACCUUGCUCCUCCACUCAUGGCCACUGUCGUCAAUUCUGCCGUGCCAGCCUCGACCUUCGCCCAUCGCGCUGUCCUCCCGAGGCAGUCAGCCACUGGCUUGCCUCAGCUGGCUUGCAAGGGUGGGAGAAGCGUGCGGUGCUCGAUGGAGGCGAAGUGGAGGACCGUGGCCACGACCAGUACUGGGGCGGCGGUGCUGGCGAUGGCAGCGUCGGCGAGUCCUGUGCUAGCGUUGGUGGACGAGAGGCUGAGCACUGAGGGGACGGGAUUGAGCUUGGGGAUAAGCAACAACUUGUUGGGAUGGAUACUGUUUGGAGUGUUUGGACUGAUUUGGGCUCUGUAUUUUCUGUACACCUCCACGCUCGAGGAGGACGAAGACUCUGCUCUCUCACUCUAAUUUUCUAAAUCUCUCGUGUUAAUUAAUCGAACGUGUUUAAGGGAUAAUGACCUGAGUUCACUGUAAUCAUCGUGUAAAAUUAGUCAAUUAAUUAAGCUCUUGAUCGUGUGCUUA